CCUUAGUCAGCGAGCGUCAGUCACUUACCUUUUUCAUUUUUUAUUUUUAUUUUAUUUUUCUCUUUUUCAAAAAUUCUUAUUCUCCCUUUCUUCUUCUUCUUCUUCUUCUUCGUUUCAAUCUCAAUUUUCUCUCCUUCAGCUAAUCUCGUCUCGACAGAGCACAGUAAUUUUGUUUUGUUUCUAAAUUCUCUCCGUUAGUUAACGUCAUCAAUGGAGGGCCUUCCCUCUGGUUACCGCCCUCACGUCGGCGUCUGUCUCAUCAACUCUGACACUCAGGUUUUUGUGGCGUCAAGGUUGAAUGUUCCAGGAGCCUGGCAGAUGCCUCAGGGGGCUAUAGAAGAUGGCGAGGAGCCCAAGUCUGCAGCCUUAAGGGAACUGCAAGAAGAAACUGGAGUAGUGUCUGCUGAAAUUAUUGCUGAGGUACCAAAUUGGUUGACUUAUGACUUCCCUCCUGCUGUGAAAGCCAAGGUGAAUCGUCUCUGGGGAGGUGAAUGGCAUGGGCAGGCACAGAAGUGGUUCCUAAUGAGAUUAACAAAUGAUGAAAGUGAGAUCAACAUAGGAAACACAGACCCAGAAUUUGCAGAGUGGAAAUGGGCAAGUCCUGAUGAAGUUAUCGAGCAGGCAGUUGACUACAAGAGGCCGACAUACGAGGAAGUCAUCAAAACCUUCAGGCCUUACCUCAAUGACAAUGGACAAGCGGUAAAAUGUAAAUCAACGAAAUGGUGAAUGAAUGAAUGGUGUGGGUUUGAUUUUCUAGGGUUUGUCCAUGUUCUCAAUAGCGCCCCGUAAAAUUGGUUCAGUAGAUGUUUGUUCUCUGUAAAUGGAUGUGGCAGUUAGAACUUGAUAUUAGAUGGUUGCUUCGUUGUAAUAAAAUCUUUGUGCCAAAGAUGUCAUUUUA